CUGCCUCAGCAAGUGGUGAUAAAGGUGCCAAAGAAGGGAUCUCAGAGGAGUAACUUGAAGAGGGGCUGAGGGGCUCAGAAGGAACAAGACUCUGAAGGGGGUGGCAGGGUCUUGGCCUGGGGCUGGAGCUCACAGUGUGAGACCCCAAAGUGGUGACGUCAUUUGCCAGCUCCCAGGUUCUCAGAAUGCCUCCCUCUUCCUCCUGGGUCACUCCUUCCCUACAGAGCACCAGUUCUGAUCCCUCUCCUGCCCUGAGGUGCCCGCCCCAGGCCCAGCCCUUUCCCCAGGGCCUGACUGCUUCAGAAAUUGGGGGGAAGGGGACAAAAGAAGGGAGUAGGGCUAGAAUGAUUCCUGUCCUGGGGCCUGGAGGAGGGAGGCGCACUUCCUUACCUGAGGGCCAGGCCUCUCCCCUUGUUUGCUCUGAGAUAGCCAGUCUCGCUGGGGCCUGGCACCAGGAGGCUGCCCUGUGGGCACUCGCUACCUUCUCCCAGAGCCAGACACCCAGACGGACCGACAGCCGGCAGGACGCGGCCAUGGCCUGGCUCCCGGGGCCCUUCCUCUGCGGGGCCCUGCUGGCCUGGGUCUGCUUGAGUGCCCCCGGGCUGGCCGUGGAGGUGAAGGUGCCCACCGAGCCCCUGAGCGCGCCGGUGGGCAAGACCGCCGAGCUGACGUGCAGCUACAGCACAUCGGUGGGAGACAACUUCGCCCUGGAGUGGAGCUUCGUGCAGCCUGGGAGGCCCGUCUCCUCGUCCCAACCCAUCCUGUACUUCACCAAUGGCCAGCUGUAUCCAACUGGUUCUAAGGCAGAGAGGGCUAGCCUGCUUCAGAACCCCCCCACAGGAGGAGUGGCCACCCUGAAACUGACUGAUGUCCACCCCUCGGACACUGGAACCUACCUCUGCCAUGUUAACAACCCGCCAGAUUUCUACACCAAUGGGUUGGGGUUAAUCAACCUUACUGUGCUGGUGCCCCCCAAUAGCCCCUCGUGCAGUCAGAGUCGUCCAAGCUCCGUGGGGGGCUCUGCUGCAUUGAGAUGCAGCUCUUCCGAGGGAGCCCCCAGGCCAGUGUACAACUGGAUCCGCCUUGGAUCUUCUCCUACACCACCUCCUGGCAGCAUGGUGCAAGAUGAGGUGUCUGGCCGGCUCAUUCUCACCAAUCUCUCCCUGGCUUCCUCGGGCACCUACCGCUGUGUGGCCACCAACCAGAUGGGCAGUGCAUCCUGUGAGCUGACCCUCUCUGUGACCGACCCUUCCAAAGGCCGAGUGGCCGGGGCUGUGAUCGGGGUGCUGCUGGGCGUGCUCUUCCUGUCAGUUGCUGUGUUCUGCCUGAUAAGGUUCCAGAAAGACAGGAGGAAGAAGCCCAAGGAGACAUACAGGGGUAGUGACCUACGGGAGGAUGCCACCGCACCUGGGAUUUAUGAGCAAACUUCUGUGAGGGCCGAUUCUAACAAUGGGCUCCUGGAGAGGCCCCCGUCUGCCAGCACUGUGACGACCGCCAAGUCUAAGCUCCCUAUGGUUGUCUGA